AACAGUGGCGAGCUCAGUGCAUGCAGUGUACAGCCAUGUUAAAGAUGGUUAAGGCAGUUAUUCUUUUGGGUUUGGUGUGUAUUAUUGAUAUCUUCGGUUAUGAUCGUGUAUCCAAAAGUAACGUUGGCCAGAAUCCAGUGAUUUUUACUGAAACAGAUGAUGCAUUCGUCAAAUUCCAAGGAGCUCUAGCAGCAAAGCAAAAUGAACUAAAAACACCCAUUGUCUUCAGUGAUUUAAAUGCUUUCAAAACUGCCUUUGAUUCAUACGUAAUAAAUGGAAAAUUGGACAUAUCGACUCCAUCUGAAGUUGAUUCUAACUUCGCCAAAUUUCAGAACUUCAUGAAAAAGUACAUGCGGGAAUAUAACAACUUUGAUGAACUCAAGAUACGUUUUGAGUUGUUCAAAAACAUUGUCCAGAAGAUGGGAGGUUACAACAUUGGAGGAGACGGCUUGGCAGGAAUUAAUCAUUUGUCCGAUAAAACUCAUGAAGAAAAGCAAGGCUUUUAUGGGAAAAGAUAUUAUGUAAUCAGCUAAUUUUCCAAUUAAUAAAGAAAGUUUGAGAU